CUGAUAAAACUGGCCUCUGUGGACAGGUUUGUGUCGCGGACCUUGGCCGGAUCUUCUCCUCUCUCCCGGAGUCAGUGCACCCAUCUAUCUCAUCUCUCCUCAACAAAGAGUCACGAUGCCUCACUCUUAUCCUUUCCUCACUCCUGAUCAGAAGAGGGAGCUCAAUCAAAUCGCCAAUAAGAUUGUUGCUCCUGGAAAGGGAAUUCUUGCUGCAGAUGAGUCAACGGGUAGCGUUGCCAAGCACUUCCAGAGCAUCAAUGCUGAGAACACAGAGGAGAACAGGAGGUUGUACAGGCAGCUGCUCUUCACUGCGGAUGAGCGUAUCGACUCUUGUAUCGGUGGUGUCAUUUUCUUCCACGAGACCCUCUACCAGAAGUCUGAUGAUGGCAUACCAUUUCCCGAGCUCAUCAAGGAGAGAGACAUGUUGGUAGGAAUCAAGGUGGACAAGGGUGUGGUCCCUCUGGCUGGCACAAACGGAGAGACAACUACCCAGGGUCUGGAUGGACUGUAUGAGCGCUGUGCUCAGUACAAGAAAGACGGUGCUGACUUUGCCAAGUGGCGUUGCGUACUGAAGAUUACUCACACCACCCCAUCCCGUCUGGCCAUCAUUGAGAAUGCCAAUGUCUUGGCCAGAUAUGCCAGCAUCUGCCAGAUGAAUGGCAUUGUCCCCAUCGUGGAGCCUGAGAUCCUGCCUGAUGGAGAUCAUGACCUGAAGAAGUGCCAGUACGUCACAGAGAAGGUCUUGGCUGCUGUGUACAAGGCUCUGUCCGACCACCAUGUUUACUUGGAGGGCACCCUGCUGAAACCUAACAUGGUGACAGCUGGACACUCCUGCCCACAGAAGUACUCUCCUCAGGAGAUCGCCAUGGCUACCGUCUGCGCACUGCGUCGCACUGUGCCCCCUGCAGUUCCUGGUAUUGCCUUUCUGUCUGGAGGCCAGAGCGAAGAGGAGGCCACCAUUAACCUUAAUGCCAUGAACAUGUGCCCCCUGUACAAGCCCUGGGUGCUCACCUUCUCCUAUGGCCGUGCCCUGCAGGCCUCCGCACUCAAGGCCUGGGGCGGCAGGAAGGAGAAUGGCCAGGCUUGCCAGGAGGAGUACGUUAAGAGAGCCUUGAGCAACAGCCAGGCCUCCACUGGUAAAUACGCUUCCUCUGGAGAGCACGGCACUGCUUCUGAUGAAUCUCUUUUUGUGGCUAACCAUGCCUAUUAAACACGGGCAUGUCCACAGUCUCAUGUUAGUGCUCCGCCCUGCAGAACUGGUGACCACACCCCCUCCAGUGUCCCUCUUCCAUUCCCUCAUUUUCUCCAUCUGUGAUAUCACUUAGGUCCGGUGAGAGAGAGAAUUUCAUGUCAUCUUUUAACAUCGCUUUAACCCAGCCAAAAUAGAGGAUAAAAAAUAAUCCGCCUGCAUUCCCUCCCUUCCCUUCUUUGUCUCCCACCUGCUCUGAGGUGCAGAGAUUUCUUCCUUUGUGAUGUCACUUCAUGUUUUGAACACAGGCCAUCACUGAUCCAUUUAUAUCAUCCACAGAAGUAUGCAUUACUUCACUUGAAACAGAAACUCAGGAAGCAAAUAAAAUAUUUCUCUAAC